AUGCUCCGAGCCUGUGGCGACGCUAACGGCAUUGCUUGCACUGGCUGGGUGCACAUGCAGGCCUGUGAUCUAAGCGGAGCUUGUGAUGGCGCCUCUGCCUCCACGGCGCAAGGCGACUAUCAGCCUGUUAGUGGUAACACCCUUGCUGGCCGCACUAUUCAAUUGCACAUGGACAACCGUGGCCUCGCUUGGGGCUCUAUUUCCGGUGGUGCGGCGGGCGAUGAGAUCUGGCUGGACCGCUCCUGGGACGAGGGAAACACGUGGACUAACGGAGGCUCCUCACUCGGUCGAGUGAGUGUCCCGAGUGGCAACAUGGGCACGAUUACUGUCAUGUUCUCAACUCGCGACGUUCUGGCUUUGCUGUAUGGCGGCGCGGUCCGCGCUUGUGGCCGCGCGGUAACGGGUAACGACGGCGCCUGUACGGCGUUCGCCCGACCUAGCAGCAACCAUCCCGCAGCUGGAGCCAACGCGCUCAUGUGGGCUUAUCAGCCCGACACGGCGUGGUGGCUGUCGUCUUGGUGGAAUUCGGCUGCAACCAUUACAACACUGAUGGACUACAUGAUCAAGUCAGGCGACCGGCAGUAUUUGUGGGCUGUGGACCGCUCCUUCACUGUCAACAAGGCCUCGUUCGCCGCCGGGGUCAAGAGCACUGACACGAUUGAGGGCGAUUUUAUCAGCCGUGCCAACGAUGAUGCUCUUUGGUGGGCCGUUGCAUGGUCGACGGCGUACCAACUCACCAGCGACUCCAAAUACUUAAACGAGGCAACUCUUAUCUCUGAUAGACUAAACCAGUAUUACGACACGUCCACUUGUGGUGGCGGUAUGUGGUGGUCUCGUGAGAAGACGUACAAGAAUGCCGUGACCAUUGGUCUGUGGAUCAAGCUCAAUGCGAAGCUACACAACCAGAUAUCCGGAGACACAACGUACCUCAACCGCGGUGUAACAGCUUGGAACUGGUUCAAGAAUAGCGGUCUGAUCAACUCUGCUGGCCUCGUUAAUGACGGCCUGACAAACUCGUGCGCCAACAACGACGACGUAGUCUGGACUUACAACCAAGGUCUCGCCAUCGGUGGCAGUCUCGAGGUCUAUCGAGCCACCAACGACGCCAGUGCCCUGGCGCUGGCCCAACGACUGGGCGAUGCCGCCAUUAGUAGUUCAGUACUGACAAAGAGCGGUGUUUUGACUGAGUCCUGCGAGACAGGUUCCUGUGAUGACAACGCCAAGCAGUUCAAGGGGAUAUUCAUGCGCUAUAUGCAAGACCUUGCUGACACCACUGGAAAUUCCACUUACAAGAACUACAUUACGACACAGGCUAACUCUAUCUGGAACAAUGAUCGCAACACCCUCAAUACUUUCGGUGUCCACUGGACCGGCGCUGACUCCUCGGCUACUCCAAACGUCCGCGAUUGGCGCACCCAAGCCUCGGCUCUCGGAGCUCUAGUAGCUGCUGCGUGA